UGGGGCUCGGGUUUUAAAACCAGCUCUGCAAGUUUAGUUUGGUUGAGGAACUACUCUUUGAAUUCUCCGCCAUUCUCUUCUAAAACCUCGUUGCUGUCGCCUGCCUCAUUUUCCCCAUCCUCUUCUUUUAAAUUCAUCUUUCAAAACCAUACUUUUAGCAAAUCUCGUUUCUCUUUCUUGUUCUGGUUCCACAAUGGGAAGCACAGCUUUUGCAAAUUCACUAUUUCUUCCUUCUUCUUCUUCUUCUUCAUCAUCAAUUAAUUCUCGACCCACUAGUAAUAAUGCUUUGGCUCUCCCUCGAAUUUUAUUUCCCAAUUCAAGGUCGCCUCCCAUUUGUACCCAUUUGAAAGAAAAGAAAAAUUCUACUUCUUUCACUGCCUAUUGUUCUCUUGAUGCUUCUGCUGCUGCUGCUAAAGACCCAAAAGCAGAAGAAACUCCUAUUGAAUUAAAAUACCCGGCUUAUCCUACUGUCAUGGACAUUAAUCAGAUUCGCGAGAUUUUACCUCACCGGUUUCCAUUUCUCCUUGUGGAUAGAGUGAUUGAGUACAAUCCUGGAGUUUCAGCUGUUGCUAUCAAGAAUGUCACUAUCAAUGACAAUUUCUUUCCUGGACAUUUCCCUGAAAGACCAAUUAUGCCAGGUGUCCUCAUGGUUGAGGCAAUGGCACAAGUUGGUGGCUUGGUCAUGCUGCAACCAGAAGUUGGAGGUUCUCGUGACAAUUUCUUCUUUGCUGGUAUUGACAAAGUAAGAUUUAGGAAGCCGGUAAUUGCAGGUGAUACCUUAGUCAUUAGAAUGACGCUUGUGAAGCUGCAGAAACGCUUUGGAAUAGCAAAGAUGGAAGGAAAAGCUUAUGUUGGAGGUGAUGUAGUUUGUGAGGGAGAGUUUUUGAUGGCCAUGGGUAGUGAGUAACCUACUGGUUUUAGUAUUUCUUGCAAUUGUUGCUUUUAUCUUGUUUCUCAGUGUUAUUUUUUCUUCUCAUUUCGUGAUUAUUCCGGGAAAUCAAAGGGAGGAAAGGUUUUAGGGGAGAGAAACCAAAGGGGUUUGAGGGGAGAGAGCUCAUUAUCUUUGAACUUGGUACUUCUAUGGAUUUGAUGCAAACUUAGUAUUUGGUUUGAUGCCAGAAAAGGUACAUUUCCAUCUCAGAUAAAACCCACACAAGUAUGCAAUACCUUCUGUUUCAUUUUA